AUGGUCCUGCGCUAUCGUGCUGAAGAUGAGGAGGAGGUCACACCGCCCAAGCCCAGGACACGAGAGAGAGGGACACCAGAAAACAGUGACCGCCGUGACCGCGUGGAGAGCGGGCAGGAAUUUGCCUCCGCUCUGACCUUACGAGAGCAAGCUCGCGCGAUGAAGCUUCGGUUACAGGCUGAGGAAUCGGAAGGCGGCGAAGGUGAUGGAACCAGAUCCCUGCAAAACUCCAAGGAAUUCCUCCCGAUGGAGAUCCAAAGGCCGCAGCCCCCUGCAGAGUCGCGGCCAGGGAGCGGGACGGGUGCAGGCGGCAGGCCGAGCUCAAAGAAGAGCCUGGCAGAGGCCAAUGGGCAGAGGAGCAAGGACCUGCGGAAGACCAUCUCCAGGAUGAUCUCCAUUCAGAGGCUCUCCACUCGCAAGGCUUUGGCAGAUAUUGAGGCCGAUCAUCUUCGAGAUUACCUGACCUUCCUCUACCGGAAGGCCGAGCAGCUGCUCCUCUGGGAGAAGCUCGAUGCCAAGAUCUCCAAGGCGGCAGGCGAGGAGCGGAAGCCGGUGAUCGAGCUCUGCUCCAGGGCCUCCUUCUCUCAGAUGAAGAGCCUCCGCACCAGCUGCUUCGAGAACGACGAGGAUCUGGAUCGCAGCGAGCUGGACGAGGACUUCAGCCCGGACCAGAUCACCAGCUCGGCACAGCUCCGAAGGUUCUCCAACACGGAUGCACGAGUCCGACGUCAAAGUGCGUUUGUCAUUCAGAUGCCCCAGGAGGAACCCUUCGACGAGACAGAUGAGGACUCUCGGGCAGUCGAAGGGCUCGAAAUGAAGGUGCCGGAGGCGGCGUCGGCGGCGGCGUGCCCGGAGGCCCAGGCCCUGGGCCCGGCGGCUUCGCUGGGCCCGCACCCUCUCCUCGAGGCCUUCACCCGGCGCAAGGUGAAGGUCCAAGAAGUUCGCGAUGUGCUGACCCGAGUGCAAGGCAAUCUCCGGCUGGAGGAGCCCUUGGAGCCUGAGGGCAAGACGCCCUUGCCCAGGGCCUUGGUGGUCGCAGUCGCCGACAACAGCCCAGAGCUCGUAGGACUGCUCUUGGAGUUCAAGGCCGACGCAGCAGCGCCCUACGAGGGGGAAAGCAAUUUCAAGGGCUGGAUCAAGCCCGGAACCUCGCUCCUGCACUCCGUCACCAACCGCAAGGGCCGCUUUGUUGGCACCAUGCUCGCCGAGCGCUUGGAGAAGGUCGAGGAGCUCCUCCAGGCAGCCGCGGCAGCCGUCGCCCAGGAGGCUCCGGUGGACGACCUCGCAGCGCGAGUUGAAGAGGAGGAGCUGUCCUCUCCGAGCCAGAGCCGCUCGGCCUUCCGCGCCAUCAGCAGCACUUGGCAGCCGGGAGAGCUCUGCAGGCACACCCAGGGCCACCCCAUCGGAGUUUACGAGAUCCUCGAGCACCUCGGUGAUGGGGACACCAGUACCGUUUGGGGAGGCUGGCACCUGGAGUCCAGCGUCUCCGUGGCGAUCAAGAUCGAGGCCAAGUCCGACGAGGGCGGGAUGUGGGAGGAGAUCGAGAUCAUGCGGAAGCUCAGGCAUCCAAACGUCUGCCGGCUCUUCGAGACUUUCGAGAGCGAAAGUCAGGUCUUCAUGGUCCUGGACCUCUGCCUUGGGGGGCGGCUCUACGAUGUGCUCGCCCUCGAUGGCGGACAGACCUGCCGGGCCAAGCGGGUGCUGAAGCAGCUGGCUGACGCUGUGGCUUGCCUCCACGCGCACAAGAUCAGCCACCGGGACAUCCAGCUGGAGAACUUCCUCCUCGUGGAGCUAGAGGCUCCUUUGGAAGAGGCGACCAUCCGGCUCAUCGACUUCACGACCUCCAAGGAUUUCUCCGCCGGCCAGGCACUGGUCACCAAGAUCUGCACACCGACCUAUGUGGCCAAAGAGAUCUUGACCCGGAAGAUGGAGCCCUACACUGAGAAGGUCGAUGUGUGGUCGCUUGGCGUGGUCUUCUACAUCCUCUUCUCUGGGCAUCCGCCCUUCAGCGGGGACACGGACUUUGACGUUUUGAAACAGGUGAAGAAAGGGGCCUGGAGCUUCGAGCCGGCCAGCGCCUGGGAGGGGGCCCCCAAAGAGGCGCCAAAGGUUUUCACAUUCUCAAGUUCAAUUGUGGCUUCUUGGCCUCGGCACGGCAUCCUCUCGGCAGGGCAUGGAUCUGAUCCAGCAGAUGAUCGCGCCGGCGUCGGAGCGCCUCUCGGCACAACAGGCACCGGCGCGCCCAGCCCCGCAGCAGCCGCGCAGCCAGCGCCGCCGCGCCUCUCCCCGCCGGUGUGCGUCUGCGUCCUCCGCAGGUGCUGCGCCAUGGCUUCCUCUGCUGAGGGCGAGACGGGCAGGGAGGCAGGGAGGCGGGACACGCUCCCAAAGGGAGCCGUGGCAGCCCGUCCCUUUCGAGGAAAAGUGCUUGGCCCAACUUCAGAGCCGCACAGCCGCUGCACAGCACCUGCACAGCACCUUCUGGCUGCUGGCUCUCACUCUUUGAAGCCGUUUAAGAGCCUCGACAGCACAGACAAGCCGGCAAGAAUGGAGUUUGAGCGAUGA